AGAGAGAGAGAGAGAGAGAGAGUGAGUGACACCCAAAGUGGCGUGCUCAUAAAGCAUUUUUGUCACUCGCGAAGACAGAGCAGAGCAAGAAGCAGAGCAGAGCAGAGCAGAGAGGGAGUGAGCGCGAUGGUCGGGCCAGAGCGACCGCAGUUCGUGCUGUUCGGUUCGUCGAUAGUCCAGUUCAGCUUCGGCAACGGCGGAUGGGGCGCUUCUCUCGCCGACCUGUACGCCCGCAAGGCAGACAUAAUCUUGAGGGGGUACUCCGGAUGGAACUCGAGGUGCGCUUUGGAAGUGCUGGAGAAAGUGUUUCCAAAGGACGCAGCCACACAACCAUCCUUGGUGAUCGUCUAUUUCGGCGGAAAUGACUCAAUGCGGCCUCACCCAUCUGGUCUUGGCCCCCAUGUACCGCUUCCUGAGUAUAUCGAGAACAUGAGGAAGAUUGCCAUUUAUCUCCAGAGCCUGUCGGAUUGUACCCGCAUCAUUUUUCUUAGUGCUCCACCCGUCAAUGAGGAGAAAAUUCGCGAAUCCUUUAGCGAUAAGUUUCAAGAUCUACGUCGAACAAACGACGCAUGCCGAGUAUACUCGGAGGCCUGCUUAAAGUUGUGCAGGGAGAUGAACAUCAAGGCUGUUGAUCUAUGGACUGCAAUACAGAAGAGGGACGAUUGGGCUACGGCAUGCUUUACGGACGGUUUCCAUUUCUCCUCGGAGGGAAGUCAGAUCGCAGUGGAGGAAAUAUUGAGAGUUCUCAAGGAGGCUGACUGGGAACCAAGUCUUUAUAGGGAGUCGAUGCCCACUGAAUUCGGAGAGGAUUCACCUCAUUACCCGGUAGGCCCCGGUGGCAAGACCACCGUGAACCUGUCGGAUAGCAAUUUCCACUGAAGUAACCACUGCAGUAAGUACUAGAAAACCACUUUGUUUGCCUUAGGGCUCUGCUCAUCACAAAAAGAGACUAUUGUAGACUCUGAGAGCAGAGAGCGAUUUCAACUGCUUUCAAUUGGGUAUUUUGUCCUUCUCAUCUGUGCUCCUUCCUGGAUAUGUAUCCUAUUGGCCGGCAUAAAGAAAUAAGCACAAAGAACAGAGAAACUGACGAUUGACGCCAA